CCAGCGAGGGUGUCCGGUAACGCACCGCACCACACUGCGACUUCCGGGCCAAGGGCCGCCCCCACCCUCACGUCAUGGCCCGUGACGUUGACGCCCAUUGGCCAGUGUGCCUCCCUCCCUCCCUCACUGAGAGAAGGGUGUCCACAAGAGCAGGGAGAGUGGAAAAAGCCCCCAGUAUUCCUCCAGUAUUCCAAAUCCCAGAAUGCUGUGGGACCAAACUUAAGGGUGUACUAAGCACAUUCCAGCUUGGAUUUGAACCUCUGCAGGUAUGUGUGCCCUGAAGUUUCCUCCAGUCCACAUGACCCCUCCAAUGCCUGCCCCUCUGGGACAUAUAGUGAUUAUACCAAUCUUUUUGACAAAUCCUAAUGUGAAAUAUGCCCAGCUGGACUUGUUUGUUUAAGAGGAUCAGGUGGGUGGCAUAAACCACCUGCUCCAUGCCCACCUGGCCACUACUGCCCUCUUGGCACAACGUACCCAACUCAGUACCAGUGUGCACCAGGCACCUGGAGCAACAGGACACACCUGGCAUCAGAGGAAGACGGUACACCAUGUCCCCAAGGAUGGUUUUGUGCCCCAGGAGCCAAAGUUCCUUCAGGAAGAUGCAACAUGGGGCAUUACUAUCCAGAGAGGGAUGUCAUCGCCAACCCAGAUGGCGUCACUGAUGGCGUCACUGAUGGCGUCACUGGAGCCCCCUGCCCUGCUGGCCAUUUCUGCCGUGCUGGCACCGGUGUUCCUCUCCCAUGCCCAGUGGGUACAUAUUCUGACAGGUUUGCCCUUACAGAGGGAUCUGCAUCCCUGCCCUGCCCACCUGGGCACUUUUGUGGCUCAUCUGGUCUCCUGUCCCCAUCUGGACCUUGCUCGGCUGGCUAUUACUGCCUGGCCGGCAUCAUCUCCCCAACCCCAAUAGGCAUCUUGGAAGAAGGAAGCUUCUGUCCCCUGGGAGAUUUCUGCCCCGAGGGGAUGGGACUCCCUCGCUCCUGCCUGGCAGGCGAUUACAACAACCUCACUGGUCAAGCCACCUGUUUCUCUUGCCCUGCUGGCUACUACUGCCCAGAGAACACCGUUGAUUAUAGUGGAUUCCCCUUUCCAUCUGGCUUCUAUUGCCCCAGAGGUACCAAGCUUGCCACCCAGUUUCCCUGCCCCCAGGGUUACUAUAACCCAGACCCCAUGACUCAGAGCCUGGACAGCUGUCUACCCUGCCCUCUGGGGCACUGCUUUGCACAGGAGAACCUCACAGUUGUGUCGGGCCCAUGUGACCCAGUCACAGGGUCACCUACACCCACUUUGUGCCCAGCAGGCACUGUGUCUGGCAGUUCUGGGCAGACUUCCCUUGCUGAUUGCCAGUCUUGCCCAUCGGGGUUUUACUGUGAGGAUUCUGGUCUUCAGGCCCCAAGUGGGCCAUGCCCAGCAGGAUAUUUUUGUGAUUCCAGCAGUGGUCCAGUGCAAGAUUUCUGCCAGUAUCCCCGUCUGCAAGGAUUUUACUGUCCUGUGGGCACUCCACGAGGCACCCAGCACAGCUGUCUCCCCGGGACCUUUGGAGCUAGGGAGUUGUUGAGGAAUAUCACAGAAUGCCAGAGGUGUCCAGCUGGAAAAUACUGUGGAUUUACUGGAUUGACAGCUCCAUCAGGUGACUGUGCUGGAGGAUACUGGUGCAAAGAAGGUGCCUUCGUGAGGGAUCCAACAGACCAACGGGGUACUGGGCCUUCUCCGCCCACCAGGGCAUUACUGCCUUCCAGACUGAAAAUGGCAGGAGCCACCGAUGCCUUCAACAGCCUGAAGACACUCGACCUGGUGGACACCUGUGUGCAGGAAAGGAAUAGCCAGAGGGUGGGGUGGUUGGUGGCAGGGCCAGCUGGCAGGCAUGGCCAGGCCCCACCCAGCAGCCAGUGCCCCUUGUGUUUAGCCGUGAAAGGUGCUGGGCCGCUGGUGCAGGUUUGGGGGCAACCCAGGGGUCAGAGGGCCGAGGACACUGUACCAGGGUGUAGUGGGGUGGGAGCCGGAGCAGGAGAGACACCUGCAGUGGAGAGUGAGGGACUCAGGGGUGGUAGUGCUCCCGGAGGAAGGGGUGGUGAGACAGCCCCAACCCCAGACAGGGGCCAGUGGGUAGGGGAGGAACUUCCUAGCCUGAGGUCUCACCUGCUCUGGCAUAGAGCCAGGCCAUGGCCUUGCCUUCCAGUAACUUCCACUCAUCCUUCCAGUCCCCUCUGGUGCUGUGCAGCCAGACCAUAGCCAGGAAGAUGGCCCAGACCUUGAUGUCCACACCCUGGAAAGCCACGUGACAGUGCUGAAGCCCUAUCCUGGGUUCUUCCCCACCCCCUCAGAGCCUCUUGUCUAGACCUGUGCCCACCUGCGGGGCCCCCAGAGGUCUGUCCCUGAGCACAGGGCAGAGCAGAACUUUCGGGGCCCCUGAGCCCCUGAACCCCUGCAUCUGCCGCAGACAAGGAGCACGCUCUGUGUCCCGAGUCCCACAGGCCUCGCCUGGCCGGGAAGCGAGGCCAGCACCUCCUGCUCCACCCCCAGGAUGGAGGCCAGAGCUCCAUCCAGUGCCCAGAAGCUGUCCACCUUCUGGCGAGAAACCAGUUGGAGAAGGGGGACUUCCUCAGCAGCUGUGGGGAGGAGCGGCAAGUCAGUAGGUACACGGUACCCUCCCAGUUCUCCUUCUACCUUCCUUCCUGCUCCCUCUCAGUCCUGUUCACUAGCUCCUCUUCCAUCUGCACCCCCAACUUGGGGGUCCCCGUCAAAGUUCAGUUCUGGGUCUCCGCUCUCUUGUUCUUGGAGCUAAUCUGCUCCCAAAGUUCCAGCUUCCACCUGUAUGAGAUGGGCUCCAAAUCACUGACCUUCAAUCCCUUGUUUCCUCUUGUCUCCACAGCCUCCCACAGGCACCUCAAACCCAAUCGGUUGAAAACUGAACUUUUCAUCUUCCCUCCUAAGCCCCCUCCUCCACCUCCUCUUCGUCCUCCUAACUGUCCCGUCUUGGUCCGUAGGACCACUGGCCUUUCUUUCCCAGAAGCUGACAGCCUCGAUGCCAUGCUUUAUUCCUCGCUGUCUUCCAGCUAUCACAUCCAAUCAACUGUUAAAUCCUGACCGUCCUUCCUCCAGGACAUUUUCCAGGGCCACCCCUUUCUCUCCACCCAAACUGCUACCACCCUGGUCCAAGCUCUGGUCACAUCAUGGCUAGACUACUGUCUCAGCCUCCUCACUGGCCUCCCUGCCCCCAGCCUCCCUCCCCUUAGGUCUAUACUUGCGGCUCAGUUUAUCAUCUUGAAAUAUUGUUUGGCACCCACAGCCCCUCAGAAAUCUCCAUUAACGACCCAUCUCCCUCUGCAUCAAGCAAAAAUUCCUCACUAUUGGCUAGUUCUUCAUAUCUUCCCAAAGGGCUCUUUACAGUCUUUGCUCCCCCAAGUGUGCCUUCUCACUGGACCUUGCUUUCAACUCUCUGUUCUUCUGGGCUUGGUACCUCCCUCCAUUUCCUCCAGACCAUAGCUCUUCCACUUUUAAAGUCCUCCUAAAAUCCCACCUCUUCUAGCCGGUCAUCUCCGAUUAAUUCAACAUUUCCUAACAGCAUCAACUAGUUAUCCCGAGAAUUUAUGAAUGAUAUUCUUAUUCUCAGUGCUUAAGUACAUAUGCAUCUUGGGGGGGUAUUCAUUUGGCUACUUCAUCGUGAAGUAGUUGCCCUAUUUCCUGCUACAUUCUUCACGCUGUUGCCCGGAUCAUCUUUGUGCAGAAACGCUCUGGGCAUGUUCCUCCCCUCCUCAAAAAUGUCCA